AGCAGAUUGAGGAGUACAUGCGAUGUUGAAAUUGAAAGCCCAGCUAUGCUAAAAGUUGGCAGCAAUCCUGGCAGCAUGUUGGCAGCGUUGAGCAGCUAACCUUGGUUGGUUUGGCUACUGUGGUUGCUCUUUUUCUGCUUGUAUUGUUCUGCAGAUAUUGAGACUAUAUGUAAUUGGGCAGAUUAACCGGAAACCUGUUUCAGCGUGUCGGUGAACCCAAUUGCAAAGCUCAUCCCCAUAACAGGUGGACCGCAGUAACCUAAAUCUGCUCCAGAGGAUAGCCAUUCCAGACCUUUACAGCAUAAAGAGUUGCGAUGCUCACUUCCAGCCCCUUAGCCCCAACAGAGCCAUUGCCAGGAAAGCUCCCACGCAAUGAAGGCCCUCUUCCUCUGCUCCCUCAUCUCCUUUCUCUUCGUGGGUGCCCUUCUCGCCCUCUCCUAUCUGCUGCCCACCAAGAUCCACGUGGCAGAAUCUCCGGACAAGGGCGCAGUCUACGUCGCCACGCUCGCGAUCGCAACGCUGCUGCCCGCGUGCUUCGGCGUCCACGUCUGCGUCGCCCUUCUAGUUGCUGCCAACGUCUCCAUCUCCUGCAACCUGCGCGCCCUCGCAGAGACGCUCAACCUGCUAACCUCCGCUCUUGACCGCUUCCAAAACCCGGUGCUUUGGGUGCGGACCCACCCGUGGCGGUCGGGUCUCUGCCUCCUAUUCCUUGGGUCCUAUUUUAGCUUUUCACAGCUGCUGACCGCGUCGAAUGGACGCUACCUGGAAACGACGCCGGUGCAGAAUGCAACAGUUACAGGGCUGGGAGGCGCGUCUUCUUUUGGGGGGUGCACGGGGCGGUCGUGCAUUCUGACCAGUGACAAGAACUUUCCCAUCAUGGUGGAGCAGAUUGGGAACGUCACUGCGGCGACGUACGCGCACGAGAUCAACGGCGCGUGGCACUACGCGGUGUUCCCGGACCCAAGCGAAAUCAAUCAGGAGGCGGGGAAGACCAAGUUUCAGCGCCUGCAUCAAGUCCACGCAGCCCGGUACACUUUCCAGUGCGACAAAAGCCUCGCCCCCACCGCACAAUUCAACGCCGCCGCAACCUUAUUCAACGACACCAAGCUAAUUUCGGCCAGGUCUUCCGUCACGCUGACAAGUCAGGGGGUUCUGCAACUCUAUCUAGGGUUGGAGUUCCAAGGAAUCGAGGGGUACUCCGUUUAUUGGUGCCUGUUCAAUGCGAGCAAGGAAAUCGUGGACGUGGUUUGGCAGUCAACUGCGGGAGCGCUGUCCGUGGUUAACGUAACCAACCCUGCUCCGUACAACGGAACCUGGGUCCCCGAAGUGACGAAGCCCCUGACGUCACUCUCGCUCGUUUUCUCCAACACCCUGGCCUGGUGGUUCGCCAGCCGCUUCUACGCGCUCACCAGCCAGGAGGCGAAAGACUUCGCCGUCGAACGCGUCGCACACGCGUUCAUUCAGACGGUCCUCCUUCGCGGCGCCCAGACCACGGACGACACCUACGUCAACCAGUCGGACGUCCUGACGGACACGUGGUGGGUGGUGGACCAGAUCCGCGCGCGCGCGUGGUUCCGCACGUUCCUCGCGGCCGCGGCCGCGUUCGGCGCGGCCGCGUGUUUCUUCCUCGCGAUCCUGUGGGCGUGCUCCGGCGGGGGGGUUCGAUACACCGGGGAAUGGCGGCCGCUGCAGUCGGAGGGACUGGAUGCCGGGGCGGAAGUAGCGCCUAAGACCCGGGGGAUCCCUUCCGGGGGGGAGGUGGAACUGGAUGCCGCUGCGCGGCGCCAACGGGGAGGGGUGUAAAGUGUCAGGGUGGUUGUACAAGUUGUAAAUACACGCAGUGGAGGAACGCUGUCGCCGCCAUCUCGUCACUUCUAGCCGUUUGGUGAUAGUCGACUGGCUGAGAUUCGCGUGAAUCAGCUUUCUGAUGAAGCCGUAGCCAGACUCAAUUCGAAUCGUAUCAUCUUUGCAGCGAUCAGUCUUCUGGAUUCUUGACAGUGUUAUAGUCGUGCCGGGGAACACCAGAUCAUGAACCGUCGGGUGUGCAUGCGAAGAAAGCGGUCAAAGCUGGACAUGAAGAACGCACCGUCACAUUCGUGGUUCACAGCGCUUGAUUAUGGUAGUUAUCGUACGACUUUUAUCCACAGGCUGCCUAGUAGCCACGUACUCGAAUCUGGGGCCUGCUUAAUCACCUGACGUGGGCGUCUUGGCAAUGAUGGGCGGCGCGCCAGAAAUUUCUUAGUGCAGACGGCAGUUAGUUGUAUAAGCAAUGAGUGCGCACUGAAUAGAGGAUAUAGACGGAAUGAGAUUGAAUUGAGCCUAUCAUUAACAGAAUAGCUCCUACAUCGUUGAUUUUCAUGUUGCCUUACAUUGAUUGCAGUGCUUAUCAUCCGAUCCCAGUUUGACCGCGG